UUGGAUGUGUGGGCAUACUAGGAAGGACCGCGUGAGGAAUGAGACAAUCAGACAAAGGGUGGGAGUAGCACUUAUUGAAGACAAGAUGCGGGAGUCGCGCCUACGGUGGUUUGGUCAUGUGCGUAGAAGACCGAGUGAUGCACCUAUUAGGCGAGUUGAGAUGUGUGGAGAAGAGGCAGGGAAGAGAGGGAGAGGAAGACCGAAACAGACGUGGGUUAGGGGAGUUCGAAGUGAUAUGCUUCUUCUGGGGUUGGAUGAGGGCAUGACUUUGGAGAGAACUAAGUGGAGGGCGGGUAUUCACGUGAAGGAGUGAUCUUGAUAAUCUUUUUCCCUCAUCUUUUUUUUUUCCUAGUUUUUUUUAUCCUUAUAUAUAUAUAUGCAUUAUUUGCAGCCUUUUUAUUUUAUCAUUUUUAUAUAUAUUCAUCUUUUUUAUAUUAUCUUUUCAUAAUAGCAUAUCUUUUUAUCUUUAUUCCUUCUUUUCC